GCUUGGGGACAGUCUAUGACGGCGGCGCCGUGUGAACCAGAUCCCGCUGCUAGCCAAGGAGAGGCUGGAGCCCGCAGGGGGGCGAUACCGACAGGGGAGGAGGAGCCACAGCACGGCUGGGGCCGCCUCUCAUCCCGGGCUCCCUGGCGGCUCCUCGGCAGGCCCGACUCCUUCUUCCUCCUGAAGGGACAGCAGGCCAGGGCUUCGCAGCGGGCUUCUGGGCGCGCGCGCGCGCGCGGCUCAGCCAUGGCGGGCUCUGCGCUGCAGCGGGGCAUGGUCUCUGUCGUGCUGCUGCUCUGCCUCUUCGUGGCGGUGCCCAGGCUGUUCGGGGGCGGAGGAGGAGGAGCGGGCAGAGCCUUGCGGGGGGGCAAGGCUGGCCCCGGUCGCUACGGUCCCUAUCCGCCCCCCACAGGUGCCUCUGAGAGAGUUCAUCAGUCUCAUCUGAAUUCAGGAAGUUCUGAAAGUAAAACAUACCAAAGCUUUCAGCAGAUGAGGCAUGUAAAGGAAAAGGACAGGAAGAGUGAGAGAACUAGAGGAAGUGGCAAAGACUUAGCUUUUACCCUCAUGCCCUUGUAUGCUAUUGGUGUGGGGGUGUUUGCAGCAUACAAAUUCCUAAAGAUGAAAUCUCAAGAAGGAAGUUCUUCCAAGAAACAGAAAAAUGCAGAAGAUAAGGCAAAAGAAACAGAACAUCAGCUUUUGGAACUGGAGCAGCAUCUAGCACAGACAGAGAAAAUUUUAAAUUCUUUAUUGACUCAGUUAGACCCACUGUCAAACUGUGUUAAUGCUUUGGCUUGUGAACAGAAAGAUGAAAUAAUGACACAGCUCCAGUCCAUUAGACAGCUGAUGAAGGAAAGUGGAUUGGAUAAAUCAGAAAUGAAACUAAAAGAUGUUAAUCACACGUGUAAUGAGAAACUUGAAGAUCUCAUUCAGUCGUUUGGCAGACACACUCAGGAAAAAGCAGAUGACAACGAAGAUCAUAGUAUUGAAGAUGUGCUUGAAGAUGCCGAUGGUUGUUACAAAAAGGAAGAGCACGAACUGGGUGAUGAUGAAGUCACACUUAGUCAGCUGAUUGAGCCAAAGGUGAUAGCAGUUCAAGAAAUAAUGAAUAGAGAGAUACUAGAACCAGAAGAGACUGAAUUAAGGAGGCGUAAUAGAUGUGAAUUAAAUAUGCUUAUAUAAAAUGUUCAAAAUUAAAGAAUUGUUGCACAUAAAGUAUGCACUUUUUAAAAUAUUCUGUCACUGCUAUAUGCUUUUAAAAGUAGAGGUGAAAUCCUGCCCCACUGAAGUCAAUGGGAGUUCUGCAGUUGACUUCAAUGGGUGGCAGGCUUUCACCCAGAAUGUUUACACACAUACUUCUGUUUAUUUUUCCUAUAGAAAAUAUUUCUGUACUAUCUGUAUAUAAUACACUGAAAUUACACAUGGUGCUUCACUAAAGCAUCAAGGUUUCUUAAUACAAUAUUUGUUUUCAUACCUAAUUAAAACUAAGAGGAAAAGAUAA